AGUGCAAGUUGUUAGUUCACCCUGAUUAACCAACACCAGUACUUGGUGUUGAGAUUCUACCACUUCAUUUACACACUGGAGGCAAUUUACAAUCCCAAUUAAGCUACCAACCCCCACACCUUUGGAAUGUGGAAGGAAACCAGAGCACCCGGGGGAAACCCAGGAGGUUACAGAGAGAAUGUGCAAAACUCCACACGGCAGAAGCUGAGGUCGGAAUUGAACCUGGUUCACUGGAGCUGUGAGGAUGCUGUAAUCAACCUGAAGUUUAUCCAAGAACUCGCCAAAGACCUGGGCUUUCAAUGGACCAUCGUGGCUUUUGAGCUGGGCUUCACCAGAGCAGAGAUUGGCCGGUUUCAAGCAGCCUCCAUGCAGAAAUACGUGCAAGCAAAGAAAAUGUUGGAAAGCUGGUAUGAAAAGUCAAAGAGCCAAGAGAACAAAACGAAACAGCUGCUGGUGGCUCUGGAACGGGCCGGGCGGAAGGACCUGGCGGAUAAGCUGCAGUGUUUGCACUGGGGACACCAGAAGCUCAGCAGCCGAGUGGAGCUUCCGUCAGCCUUCCCGUUCCUCAUCACCGUACACAAGACCAUCAACAACCGCGAGGGGCUGCAGAAGAUCAAUCAGCUCAGCCACAGAUAAUAAGCGUCCAGUUGCCAUGCCUUCCAGCAGUGUCUUCUGACUAAACCCACAAUGUUGAUUCAGUUCUAUCAGUGCGCAGAGAAAUGACAUGUAGAAUAAA